AUGCGUCCCUUCAUUAAACCAUCGAAAUAAACAGACUUCAAAUUGUUGCCAAUUUUGUGUUUACGGUUUAGCAACUUCACAUUAUAAACUUCCAUUUGCAGAAUUUCCAUUUCAGAAGAAUAAAAAUGUCGCUGAUUCCAAGUUUCUUUGGUGGCCGAAGGAGCAACGUUUACGAUCCAUUCUCCCUCGACCUUUGGGAUCCCUUUAAGGAUUUUCCAUUUUCUAGUUCUGUUUCUUCUUCAUUCCCUGAAUUAUCUCGUGAGAAUUCUGCAUUUGUGAACACACGUGUGGACUGGAAGGAAACACCAGAAGCACACGUGUUUAAAGCUGAUCUUCCUGGACUGAAGAAAGAGGAGGUGAAAGUUGAAAUCGAAGAUGAUAGGGUUCUUCAGAUAAGCGGAGAGAGGAGCGUUGAGAAAGAAGACAAGAAUGAUCAAUGGCAUCGUGUGGAACGUAGCAGUGGUAAAUUCAUGAGAAGAUUCAGAUUGCCUGAGAAUGCUAAAAUGGAACAAGUUAAAGCUGCAAUGGAAAAUGGUGUUCUCACUGUCACUGUUCCAAAAGAAGAAAUCAAAAAGCCUGAUGUCAAGUCAAUCGAGAUAUCUGGUUAAAUUAAACACUGUUAAAAGCUCUGCUUCUAAGUUCAGAAUAAUGUUAAGUGUGCGUGUGAGUGUUUUCUUUUUUUAGUAAUUGCGUAUUUGUUUUGUGUGUUGUGUGUAAAACGGGAAUCGAAAUCCUACAAUGUUAAUUGUAAUAAUUUGUACUACUAUUUGGUAAUUAAUCGGUAUUGUAUUCUAUUUCUAAGAA